AGGCGUGACGUCGGGGAAGGGGGCGUUCAGGAAAACGGUACCGUUUUGGCGCGUUUUCGCUCGCGUAGACUUGAUUUUGAACCUCACAUAGUGCGGCGGAGUGCAGUAGUUGGUCUUUUGGUAAAUCUUCUUUUCAGCCUUAUUUACAUCCAUCUAGAACUCUGAACAUGCACAUAUACUUCUGCGGCAGCAUACGAGGAGGCAGAGAUGACGUGGCUUUAUAUCAAAAGAUUGUCAAAAAAUGCCAGCAGUAUGGUACGGUUCUAACGGUGCAUGUGAGCCACGGUCACCUCACUGAAAAAGGUGAAGAUGCGUCACUUGAGGGAGACAAGGCAAUCCAUGACCGAGACAUGAAGUGGCUAACAAUGAGCGAUGUCAUCGUAGCGGAGGUGACCCAGCCGUCUCUGGGUGUGGGUUAUGAGCUGGGUCGAGCGCUGGACAUGCAGAAGAAGAUCUUCUGCCUCUUCAGACCGUCCUCAGGCCGAGUGCUGUCAGCCAUGAUCCGCGGGGCCGAAGACGGUUCCCUGUUCUACGUCAGGGACUACACGGAAGACGAGGUGGAGCGCGUUCUAGAGGAGUUCUUCAGCGGCCUGGCCAAGAACUAAGUGGAAUCUGCAUCGGAACCUUCCGUAGCACCUAGAGGGGUUCCGUGUCUCUGUGGAGGGAUGUUGGUUUGUAGCUCAGACUGGAAACAGCAGGCUUGUGACGGAGAAGUGGUCAGUUUGGUCUUCUGACCAGACCUCAUUUCUGUGAUGUAGUACUCUACACUUUGGCCAGUAGAUGGAGUUUAAAGGGCUUGUAUGGUUUAACAGCCUCUUGGCUGGCAUCACACACACACACACACACACACACACACACACACUUACAUGUCAUUGUUUGUCACAUCCACCAUAUAUGUCAUUUAAACAUGUACAGCACAUGUAUGUUACAUAAGCAUUCCAAAUGCUUCCUGACAUUAAUGUAAAGUAUGGGUGUUAAGACAGGUGUGUGCACCUGUCUGCCUUAAUGCUAAGGACCGUCAAUAGUGACACCGGUUUCGGUGAACUUUGGUAGUGGUUGAUAAUGAAUGAUUCAUAUUCUGUAGACUUUGAUAAUAAAAGAUUUCUGUUUGUUGGAGCGUC